UCGUUUCAUUUACUUAUUUACCCUAUAACCCUAUAUAACUCCUCUUCAUCUCCACUUCUCUGGCACAGUACAGUCACCGCCAACCCCACCAGUAGCUGCUGCUCCGUCAAUAUUUCUCUAACAGGCAAAAUAAGGCAAAAGGUCCUCACUAUGGUUCUUCUCAAGCUUGCAGACAGGCUCUUGUACCAGCUCUUGGGAAACUCGUAUUACAGAGCAGCUAGGAAGAUCAGAAACUAUGGCUUCUUCUUGAGAAAUCAAUCGUUUAGAUCAUCACAACAUGGAAUGUUCCCUAGUAUUACCAGGUGUAGUUUGGAGCGUAGGGGUUCUGGGACUUUGGUCUGUGACAUUCAUGGUACCUUAUUAAGGACCCAGUCUUUCUUUCCUUAUUUCAUGUUGGUUGCUUUUGAAGGUGGUAGCAUUUUUAGAGCCUUUUUGUUGCUUCUUUCAUGUCCUCUUUUGUGGGUUCUGGACUAUGAACUCAAGUUGAGGGUCAUGGUGUUCAUCUCCUUCUGUGGUCUUAGGAUGAAGGACAUGGAGACUGUGGGAAGGGCUGUUUUGCCCAAGUUUUUCCUUGAGAAUCUCAACCUUCAGGCUUAUAAUGUUUUAGCUUCAACUGGGAGAAGAGUUGUUUUCACUAGUGUUCCCAGAGUAAUGGUUGAAUGGUUUCUCAAAGAUUACUUGGGGGUUAGUGAUGUUUUGGGCACUGAGUUGCAUAGUGUUGGUGGCUACUUCACUGGCUUUCUUUCUGAGUCUGGGUUGCUUGUGAAGCAUAGGGCACUCAAAGAGUUCUUUGGAGAUGAAAAGCCUGAUAUUGGCCUUGGGAGUUCAAGUUUGCGUGAUCAUCUCUUCAUCUCCCUUUGCAAGGAAUCCUAUGUGAUAAACAAGGAAGAUGGCAAGAGCAGUAGUGCAAGUUCGGUGGUGCCAAAAGAGAAAUACCCCAAACCUCUAGUAUUUCAUGAUGGAAGACUGACUUUCUUUCCAACUCCAUUUGCAACUCUUACUAUGUUCUUGUGGCUUCCACUAGGAAUAACUCUAGCCAUCUUUAGAUUGGUUGUGGGUAUCUUGCUGCCUUACAAGCUAUCCAUUUUAUUAGGUUGUUGGAGUGGUGUUAACCUAAGGGUUAAGGGGUCGGACCCAUCAAUAAGGUCAGGCAAGAAACAAGGGGUUCUCUAUGUUUGCAACCAUAGAACCCUCUUAGAUCCUGUAUUCCUCAGUACUGCUCUAUGCAAGCCAGUCACUGCCGUAACAUACAGCCUAAGCAGGAUGUCUGAGAUAAUUGCCCCUAUAAGAACAGUAAGGCUGAUAAGAGAUAGACAACAAGAUGGGAAGACCAUGGAAAGGCUGUUGACUGAAGGUGAUCUGGUGGUUUGCCCUGAAGGAACCACAUGUAGGGAGCCAUUCCUACUGAGGUUCAGCUCUCUGUUUGCUGAAUUGACUGAUGAAAUUGUUCCUGUAGCAAUGGCUGUUCAUGUGAGCAUGUUCUAUGGGACGACAGCAAGUGGGUUCAAGUUCUUGGACCCCAUCUUCUUCUUCAUGAACCCAAACCCUAGUUACCAGGUUCAGUUUCUUGGGAAGGUUUCCCGACAGCUAACAUGCGCCGGAGGAAGAUCUAGCUAUGAUGUAGCUAAUCACAUUCAAAGGCAGAUAGCAGAUGCUUUGGGGUUUGAGUGUACAACACUUACAAGGAGAGACAAAUACAUGAUGCUAGCCGGCAAUGAAGGGGUGGUGUAUGACAGCAGUAAAAGGCCUCGUUUAAAGCACAUAAUAUCAACACUGCAUGAAAGAGAACAGAAAGAGAAAUAAAUAAAAACACAUUUUAAACUUUUUGUGAUGUAGUUUUUGUCUGGUUUUAUUUGGGGUCUAAUAUAUUUACCAGUUACUACUGUUUAUU